GCAUUUUUCAGCCCCCCUGAAAACCUUGGCAUAACCGUUGAAUACCUUAAUCCAUCAUUCCUCAUUAAAAAGCCAAGUGGAGGACACCGACUAGUCACUGCCUUCGCUGAUGUUGGUCGAUAUAGCAAGCCACAACCAUCUCUAUUACCCGAUGUCGAUUCUAUUCUCCGAACAAUUGCCAAAUGGAAGUACAUCAUCGUAUCCGACCUUACCAGCGCCUUCUAUCAGAUACCACUUGCUAAAGGUUCCAUGAAGUACUGUGGCGUUGCAACUCCAUUCCGCGGCGUUCGAGUUUACACCCGAUCAGCUAUGGGCAUGCCAGGGUCAGAAACAGCCCUCGAGGAGCUCAUGUGUCGCAUACUCAGUGAUUGCCUAGAAGAUGGAAUCGCUGCAAAGCUUGCAGACGACUUGUACUGCGGUGCAGACUCGCCUGAGGAACUGCUCAUCAACUGGAAGAGGAUCCUAGACGCCCUCCAAAAGUGCAAUAUUAAGCUUUCUCCAUCCAAAACCAUUAUUUGCCCACGCAGUACCACCAUCUUAGGCUGGAUUUGGACACAGGGAUGCCUAUCCGCAAGCACCCACAGAAUUGCUACAAUGUCAUCGUGUCCGCCUCCCGAUACGGUACGGGGUCUUCGGUCUUUUAUAGGAGCAUACAAAGUCCUCGGACGUGUCUUACCACAGUGUGCACACAUCAUCGCACCAUUGGAAAGUGCCAUCGCAGGACAACAAUCAUGUGACAAGAUCAAGUGGUCAGAUACUCUGUCCCAACAAUUCAAGUUCGUUCAAUCCUCCCUGGCGAAUAACAAAUCUAUUACCCUUCCCAAACCAUCUGACAAACUAUGAAUAGUAACCGAUGGCUCUGUAACCAAAAGAGGAAUCGGAGCUACCCUUUACGUAUCACGUCAUCAAACCCCCCUCCUCGCAGGAUUUUUUAGUGCCAAGUUAAGAAAGCAUCAGGUGAACUGGCUGCCAUGUGAGAUUGAAGCAUUAAGCAUCGCUGCCGCCGUGAAGCACUUUAGCCCUUUCAUAAUCCAAUCGCAUCACCCCGCUUGUAUCCUCACAGAUAGCAAGCCAUGUGUUCAGCCAUAGAUAAACAUCGUCAGCAGGUACCAAGCGGACAUACAACACCUCGCUGGCUCAGCGAAUGUUUCCUCGGAUUUCGCCAGUCGAAACGCACCAGAGUGCAAUGAACCGAAAUGCCAAAUUUGCAACUUCAUUUCAACCACAGAAGAUUCGGUAGUUCGGUCCACCUCCGUCCAAGACGUACACCACCUCCCCCGCUUACCUUUUACAACCCGAUCUGCCUGGAUCCAAAUACAAUCCGAGUGUCCCGAACUACGCAGAACACAUGCUCACCUGAAACAAGGAACACGUCCCUCUAAGAAAUUAACUAAUGUAAAGGAUGUUAAACGUUACCUAAAUUCCCUGUCCAUUGCCAAAGAUGGUUUAUUAGUAGUUCGUAGAACCGACCCUUUAUCACCCUCCACCGAGUUGAUCGUAGUACCACGCUCCGUACUUGACGGUCUUGUAACAGCCUUACAUAUCAAACUCGACCACCCGUCAAAACACCAACUCCAACCGGUGAUGAGACGCAACUUCUUCACACUUGACAUGCCAGCUGCCAUCGCUCGUGUGAGUGACACGUGUCACACGUGUGCCUCCCUGAAAAAGCUCCCACCUCAAGUUGUACAGCAUAGCACGGAAGAACCACCCAAGGUCGUUGGAGUUUCAUUUGCCGCAGAUGUCCUUAAGCGGUGUAAACAAACUAUCAUAGUCGUUCGCGAAACAACAACAUCCUUUACCGCAACGUCUAUCAUCCACGAUCGUACGAGAAAGCCAACACACUUCGUGAAGCUAGAGUGA